GAACACGCUAACCAAUACACAAAAUGUUCAAUUUGGUCACACGGGCUCAGGCCAUCUCCAAUCAUGCAAUUACGUGCACGGCCAUAAUAGCUGCAUUGGUGAUUGUGUCCUCCUUUUUCCAACUACAACUCGACCAGGUCUGGUCGUUGAAUACCACAUCUAUUUCGAAUGUUCAAGCGGGUGCGCUGUUGAAAGGAUCAUUCCAAUAUGGGGCCAAGAACGGUAAACAAAAGGAAAACUCCAUCAUAAAGUUCGAUCUCGAUGCCGAUUUGACCCCCUUAUUCAAUUGGAACACCAAGCAGGUGUUUGUAUAUUUAACUGCUGAGUACCCUGGUAAAAGCGAUGGCUCCUCUAAUAAAGUCACAUAUUGGGAUAAAAUCAUCACCUCCAAAGAUGAUGCUGUAUUGUCGUUGAAGAAUCACCGGGCCAAGUAUAGUGUAUGGGAUGUGGAAAACUCCUUCAGGCAAAGAGAUGCUGAGCUUAAGUUGGAAUGGAACAUCCAACCUCACGUUGGACCAUUGAUAUUUGGUCAAACUUCUGCCACUACUCCUUUCACCUUCGCCGAAGUGAAAACAAAGAAGGACCGUGCUUAAAUAGUGUUGUAUUAUAUACAUAUUUUGCCUGGUUGGUUUUUCUAUUUACAUAAAAUGGUUUUGGUCUGUGGUGUUUUGCUGAUAUUCAUAAUCAUCGAUGUGAUCGUCAAGUUGGGCGUCUCUAUCUGUGUCUCUGUCCAUAUCAUCGUCCAGCUUGAAUAUCCUCCGGAGUGCUCGCCGGGUUCUUAUACGUCUUUCUAGGAAUGACUCUAUUUUGUCUGCGGGA